CAGCUGGCAGCGAGAGGUGCAGGGGAAGCAGCGAAGAACAACAACAACCCACCCAAAAACAAGAGCCAGAAAGUCCGGCAAAGCCGGUGCAGCCGCAGCCCUGCUCGAGCCAGGCGGGGCGGAGCGCGCGAGGGGCAGCUUUCCCCGGCAGGGGGACCAGAGUUCCCGGUCAGCUGGGUCCCCCCCAGCCCCGAUUUGCCUCUACCUGUGCAAAGUCCAAGACGGGAGCUUUUUAAAUGCGCUGAAGCCCAGGCGGGGCAGCUCUUCGCAACUGCAAGCCCCGCAGAGCUGGGGAAGGAAAGUCCGCAGCCGCCGGGCAGAAGAGCAUCUCCCCCCCCCCCCCCCCGGCAGAGACUGUCCCCCUUCCUUCCGACCGCGGCUAUGACUUCCGUGCUGGGGACCAGCAGAGCCUCGGGGGGUCCGAGCGGCCAACUGCGAGGCAAGUCCAAGCGGAGGAGGCGGAGGCGAUGCAAGAGGAAAGCAGAGAAUUCAGGGUGGGUUCACACCUGGCUUCCCCGGAUUUCCCAGAGGUUGCGGGAGCGUUGUAACACUCAACUCGCCACAUGGCUGGAGGCGACAGACAACCGCCUCUCCCCACAGUUAGAGCCUCCGUGUGAAAAAGUGAGCAUUUUGUCAACUUUCAUCGCACCCUUCAAGUAUUUAAGUCCUGCCGCGGCCAACAUGGAAGAUGAAGACAAUUUAAGUACAAGCAGCGCAGAGGUGAAGGAGAACCGCAACAUUGGCAACCUGGAAGAUCAUCCAAUCACCUCUAAUGAAAGGUCAAAAGUGGGAGUUUCCAGCCUCAAAAGGAAAAGGCCCCUAGAAGAGGGCAACAAUGGGCAUUUCUGCAAACUCCAACUCAUCUGGAAGAAGGUCUCUUGGUCAGUAACGCCAAAGAAUGCUCUGGUCCAGCUACAUGAACUUAAACCAGGUUUACAAUACAAAAUGGUGUCUCAGACAGGCCCAGUCCAUGCUCCAGUAUUUGCAGUUGCUGUGGAAGUAAACGGACUUACGUUUGAAGGCACCGGACCAACAAAAAAGAAGGCCAAAAUGAAGGCGGCUGAAUUGGCCCUGAAGUCUUUCGUUCAGUUUCCCAAUGCGUGCCAAGCUCAUUUUGCCAUGGGGAAUUGCUUCAACCCUUCCACAGACUUUACAUCAGACCAGGCAGACUUUCCAGAUACUCUGUUCAAGGAGUUCGAACCAUCGACGCGCAGUAAGGACUUCUCGGUCUAUAAGCCUAUGAAUAAUGAAUUGCUUUCCACGGCUUACCGGCACGGGAGAUUCCUCUACCACACCUUGGACUUAAUGGGCCACGGUAAACAAAACAAGCGCAAGAUGGCUUCCAGCACAGAGAGCGAAAAGAACCCCGUGGUGUUACUCAAUGAGCUGCGGUCGGGACUGAGGUACGUCUGCCUUUCGGAGACUGUGGAGAAGCAACAUGUCAAGAGUUUUGUGAUGGCAGUAAGAGUGGAUGGGAGAACAUUUGAAGGCUCGGGACGUAGCAAGAAGCUGGCCAAAAGCCAAGCAGCACAGGCUGCGCUGCAGGCCCUCUUUAACAUUCGGCUGCCCAGCCACAUUCCCGGCAGGAGUAAAUGUAAUCAUUUGCCACAGGAAUUUGCCGAUUCCGUUUAUCAAAUGGUUACGCGGAGGUUUCAAGAGGUGACGGACAAUUUUGCUUCCAUCCAUGCACGUCACAAAUCCCUUGCAGGAAUUGUAAUGACCAGAGGUUUGGACAUCCGGCAGGCUCAGGUUAUUGUGCUGACAUCGGGUACCAAAUGUAUUAAUGGAGAAUACAUUAACGACCAAGGACUGGUGGUCAACGAUUGCCAUGCGGAGAUUGUGGCACGGAGGGCCUUCCUUCACUUCCUUUAUUCGCAGCUGGAACUGCACCUGAGCAAGCUGCGAGAAGACGGAGAGCGAUCAAUCUUCGUGCGGUUAAAAGAGGGAGGCUACAGGCUAAAAGAGAACAUUCUGUUCCAUCUGUACGUGAGCACUUCGCCCUGCGGAGACGCACGCCUCAACUCCCCCUACGAAAUCACAACAGACUUGAACAGCAGCAAGCACAUAGUCAGGAAGUACCGUGGGCAUCUUCGAACAAAGAUUGAAUCUGGGGAAGGAACCAUCCCGGCUCGAUGUCACAAUGCAGUUCAGACCUGGGAUGGUGUGCUUUUGGGAGAACAGCUGGUCACGAUGUCUUGCACAGACAAAAUUGCCAGAUGGAACGUCCUCGGGUUGCAAGGGGCUCUCCUGAGCUGCUUCAUCGAGCCCGUGUAUUUGCAUAGCAUUAUUGUGGGAAGCCUCUCACACACUGGUCACCUUUCGCGGGUAAUGAGCCAUAGACUAGAAGACGUUGGUCAGCUGCCAACUUCGUACCGGCGCAAUCAGCUGCUCCUGAGCGGAGUGAGCAAUGCUGAGAUGCGGCAGCCGGGGAAGUCGCCUGGUUUCAGUGUGAAUUGGAUCACAAGUGCCACAGACCUCGAGGUUAUUAAUGCUACAACAGGCAAAAGGAACUGUGGGAGUCCUUCACGGCUCUGCAAGCACAUAUUUUACACUCGCUGGGCAAAGCUUUGUGGAAAGCUGAGCACACGGAUACCAAGCCAUGGGGAUUUGCCAUCCACAUACAGUGAGGCUAAGCUGGUGUCUCGCACGUACCAGUCCACUAAGCAUCAGCUGUAUAAAGCAUUUCAGAAAGCAGGCCUGGGCACCUGGGUGAAAAAGCCACCCGAGCAGGAUCAAUUUCUACUAACUGUGUGAAUUGUUCAGCCCCUCUGCCUCAUGACCCAAUCGCAAGGACUGGAGAGAAAAACGGGGGCUCUGCCAGAGUCUUAACGGAUGCAGUCUAGGACUUACCUCCAAAAGAGUCUCCCAGCUUGGGAAUCCCAGGCUGGGAAAUACAUUCAGUAUAAGGCGUGUUCUGAUUAAUGCACUGAACUUGACUUUAGGAAAACUGCUUCGAUGUACCCAUCCCUUCUCAAGGAUGUACAAGCCCAGGUUACAAAAAUGACCUUCACUGUUCGUUCCUUGUUUGUAGCACAUUCUAGAUCUCUGUAAUUAUCCAAGUGGCACCUGUAUUUCAGGAGAUAGCGGGUCCUACUUGUGGCAGAAAAGACAAACACACUGUUUCGUUUCCCCCUUCAUCGUUAGUGCAAUAAUUAUCAUUGAAGGAGGAAAGAUUUUCCUAGUAGCGAAAUACAUGCAAGAAUGUCAAAAAUCGGCAGAAGGUCAAAGUUUGCUUUGGUCCGCAAGAAGAAACCUUGAUAUAUGCAGGUGGAGAGGAGAGGGUGGCAAAAAUCAGGACUGUGAACUGCAGGAAGGAGAAAUGUAAAAAAUAAAAAGUCCCUUGAGGCAUUGUGAUGGGAACCCAGUCCUGGCACAAAAUCUGCAUUCCCUAAACGAGGGAGAAAGACUCAGCAGGAAUUCCGAAGGGAAGACCAUGUACAUAAUGAGCAUGAGUGAAUGGCAAUACUGUACGAAUGGAUGUACAUUUGUAAGAUUUGUACAAACAAACAAAAUAAAUCUGAAUUUACAGAUGUGGAUUUGCUGCUAAGUUCUGUAAAUUGCACUUCAGUGAUACCUGAUAAGUGAAUGUUUCUGUUAUAAGUGAAUAAAA